AUGGUCCAACCGGUACCAGUGCCGCAGCCAGCUGCGACAGUGACCCACAACGUUCAGCCUACCUCGACCGACGUGACUCCACGACAGGCGCCUGGCCCUCUCCCGACACAGACUACCCCACGCGCCUCGCCUGUGCCCCCGGCGGCCAGUGUGCAGCAGCGUGACCUCAAGUCGCCUGUUGACCUGAAUGGCGUGCGGUCGCCCACACCGCCGUCCUCGCUUGGUCGUCUCACCCCGGAGCCCAAGCAGGGCCCAGGCUACUCGGGCUUGGGCAAUGGUCUGCCAACGUCAAUGGGAGGUUCGCCGCUGCCGCCAAGAGUGCUCUCUGCCACCAACCAGGCCCGCAGAAUUGCGUCGUCGCCUUUGGCUAGCCCCGUCUUCUCCAAUCCUUCCAGCCCGAUAAACGGCAUCAACGGUAUCGCGGCUGCACAGGCACGAUCUGCAUCGGCAUCAGCGGCACAGGCCCGUAUCACGCCGAUGUCGCCAAACGACUCGGGUGGCAGUGCCGAGUCGGCAGUGGCCCCUGCUUCCAAGCCGAACAGCGUGCGCUCUUCCGUCUUGAACCGGCCCAGACCGCGUGCCAAGCACCUUGACCGCAGCCUCACUGCUCUGCUGGUUCACCCACACAUCACGGCCUCGCUCCUCCCGCAUAUCAACAUCAACACGUUCCUCAAUGUGUUGGGCUCGGACGACACGCUGCGCAAGUACAUCAGCGGAGAAAUGGUCGGCCGUUGGGUCAUGCGCGAGUGGGGUGUUACGGUUGAACGAGAGCGUGGCCGGUCGUGGCCUGGUCUGACAGUCUGGGAGGGCUUCCUCGAGUCGCUACUUCACGACCCAGCCGUCUACAGCACGUACCCGCAACAGUACCACAACCUCCUGCGCCAUCUCAGCCUUUCGCACACGCUCAUCGUGUUGUUCUUGAGAACGCUACCUCCUUCGGCCUUCCCCUACUCGCCGCCCCUGCCAUUUGAUGACGAGCUUCAGCUCCCGACGCUUCACAAGUCGAGCUCGAUGGCGAGCAUGCAGGGUGGCCGUUAUCCGGGAUCGCGGACCACCAGCAACGCAGGCUCUGACGCUGGCCACGGCGGCGGCCACAGCAUCAGCAGGAUGCCUCGUGGCGAGCGCGUGACCGAGGUCGUCAUGCCUGAGCCGCUGUCCUCCACACCCAAGGAGGUCAAGACGCUGCACGACUCGGCGCCCCCUUCCAACUUUGGCCCCGGCAAGCUCCGCAAGCGUCGUGGCUCGGCUGGCUCGGUGACGUCCAUCGGCUCGACUGGCUUCUUUGGUCGGAAGCGCUCGGCGAGUGUGUCGUCCGCACAGAAUGUUGCCUUGGCGUCACCAGCGGCGGCCGCACAGCCAGCGCUGCCAGUACCCCAAGGCAAGGCCGCGUUCCCUCCUGUCAGCUACCCGACCGCCAAGCGCUACGAGUUCCGUCGCUACGGUGACCAGCCCAUCAGCCCGUCUCCGAGCGCACCGAACAGCAGACCUGGUUCGAUCAUGUCGGCCCAGACGAGCCCAUCGGUUGUGCGCGGUUCCACGCGCAACGGACGGCAUCAGCAUGGUUCUAUCGGACAGGGCAUGUCGGACCUAGGCCAUGGGUCUGACAGCCUUCCGGUGCCCCCGCCGAUCGGCGGCGACCGUCAGAACCGCUCGUCUCUUACCAGCAGCGAAGGCCGCUCGUCUCGUGGCGGCGCCAACUCGCCUGUCCACAGACGCUACGAGUCACCGACGGGGUCGUCGCGUGACCUGUCGAGCCAGAUGAGCCACAGGGCCGAGCCCGCCUUUGACCGCCCUCCUCCGUUCAUGCCCGGCCGUGCCCCAAUUCUGCGAGUGUUCAUCCCCGUCUCGGACCGCGUGCCCCGCUGGCCUUCGGCCGAGGGCGCUGCGGCGUCGUGGCGUGAACUGGAAAAGUGCGGUGCCGACAAGCGCAUGAAGCUGGGCGACCUUGUUGUCAACACUGCGCUCCACAAGCCCACCAACACUGAGCACGUACUUGUGUAUGUUCCAUUUGUGGCGCACAAGCUUGUGCCACUCGAGUACGUGCACUCGCCUACGGGUCACCUGCCGCGCUACCUCGACGCGUUUGCGGUCUCGCCAGUGUACUACGACCCCUUCCUGCCCGCGCCGCAGAUUCUCUACCUCGACUUUGCGCCGUACGCCCAGCAGGCGAUGAACAGCCUCCGCCUGGCGUACGACCGUCGCGACGUGACGGUGGCGUCUGGUGCUCGUCUGAGCGCCAAGCGCUAUCUGCACGUUGCCGGUCUCGAGAUCCGUCCCGGAGACCGUGUCGCGGCCGACUGGCAGGGCAUGGUGACGCUCGAGGCCGAGGGCACUGCCGAGGGCAAGGCCGAGAUGGAGGCCCGCUUUGGACGCGGCGACCCUACUCGUGCCGUCAUGGGCCCAUGGGAGGUUGUGCGCGAGCGCUCCCUCCUUGGGUCUCUGUGGCUCCGACUGGUUCGUGAGCCGCGCGGAAACUAG